AUGGAAGACAUUAGUAAAUACAUAAAGGAUGAUGAGGACAUCGCUUUCGAGUAUGAGUUACAAAAUGACCCUGGACAGCUCCAAACAUGGGUACGUUAUAUAGAUAGGUGGCGGGAACAGAAUACGAAUGGUCUGAGGUCGGAAGAUUGUAUUCUCUGGCUCUUCAGACGAUAUGUUAGACAAUUCAUGAACAAUGUGGAUGUAUGGUUUGUAUUUAUAAAUUGGGUAAUUGAUAAUCGUAUCUAUACAGACUACAAUGAAGUUGCAACAAUAUAUGAAGAGAGUAUACGGAAUUGUGGGAAUAAAUCAGAGAAAUUAUGUGUUAACUUUUUGAAGUAUACAAUUGAAACAAGGGACUUAAGUUUAAUAAGGAAAUCGUUUGAUUUGGGAUUAGAGUUCACUUCGAAACAUUCACAUUACAAAUUAUGGGAACAACUCCUGUCAUUCAUUAAAAACGUACUAAUAUCAACAACUGAAUCGUUAGAUAAAGAUGAAAAAUCUCAGAUAGAACAAUUUGGGGAGACGAUCAGCAAGGUUUUUGAAGAUGACUAUGACAUAGAUAAAGCUAAAGAAGAAAAUAAUAAAACCUCAAAUAUAUGGGUAUCGAUCUUCUUAGAAAGAUAUCUUAUUGUUUGCCCGAGUAAUGAGCUUCUUGAUAGCUUAACAAUGUUAGGUGGUACACAUGACUAUAAGAGAAUUAAAGAACAAUAUGAUAAAUAUCUCUUUCAAAAUCGAGACUACACUAACUUAACAAGGAUUAAGGACUUUCCAUAUUCACUAAAUCUUGUCUACCUUCGUGUACUUUGUGAGCUAAACGACAAGUCCGAAUAUCAAAGAUUUGUUGGCACAUUAAAACAAUUAUAUUCGUUUAAUCAUACCAAUUUAGAUUUAAUAACAGCAAAGUAUCUUAUGACUAAUGAGGGGUUUGAAGCACUUGAAGUCCACUUGGAUACUCUUUUGCAGAGUACAGUUAAUAUUGAAGAUUUUAGUAAAGUAAGUAAAUUCCAUUUUGAUUUCGAAGAAGCCAUUAUCGAUCAAUGCUUGAAUCGAAUAAACAAAAAAGAAGUUCAAAAUACAAAAUACAAUUUCCAAGAAGUCAUGAAGGUACAUCUCGAAAAAUUGCAGAUGUUGACAAACGACCACUCUAUAAAAUUGAAUGAUUUGUACCUUAGGAAAUCACCCAACAACGUGGGGAUGUGGUUACGUCGGGUUAAUCAUUUUCAAGCUUUAAAGGAAAAGAUUGAUGUGUAUGUUCAAGGUAUUUUACAAAUAGACCCAUUGCAUGUUAAAGAGCCAGGAACGUUUGGAAGAUUUUGGUGUAAUUACGCACAACUAUAUUGGGACAAUAAGGAUUAUGAUUCUGCGAGAGAGAUAUUUGAAAGAGCUCUGAAAGUGCCUUUCCCAUACUUGAAAGAUUUAGAGACCAUCUGGUUUUCUUGGGUAGAGGAUGAAUUAAAGUUGAACGAUCCAACAAAAGCAUGUCUUCUAUUGGAACAAGCUCUAAAAAUACCGGAUAAUCCUAUGGCUAUCUUAGAACAAUAUGAAAAUUCAUAUGGCAAUAUACCUACUAGAAUGGUAGUUUUUCACUCUUUAAAGCUUUGGACAUUAUACCUUGAUUUGUUAGAAUCAGAAGUUAUUAGCACUCUUGAUAAGCCAGAUGAAAUGUAUAAGAAAACGAUACAGAUAUAUGAAAAUAUGAUACGAUUAAAGAUCAUAACACCUCUUUUAUUUGUGUCCUAUGCUAGGUUAGUUGCCAAAUAUGAAAGCCAAAUUAAAAGUUUCCAAAUAUAUAAUAGGGCCAUUUCUUCAUUUCCACCAGAAAUCAAAUAUGAUAUUUGGCUGUUAUAUUUGAAUGUUGCAGUUAGGUCGACACUUUCUGUAGAACAAGUAAGGGACUUGUUUGAUGAAUCAUUAUCCCAAUUGAUACCAAACCAAAUAAAUUGUAUUUCAAUUUAUCUAUUGAAUAACCAAUAUGAAGAGAAACAAACAGGUGUAACACAAACUACAAUAACUAAAUUAGUGAAAAGCGCUAAAGAACUAUCUAGUAAAUUCGUGGAAAGCAAAAUACAAUUAUGGGACUUGGCAUUAGAAAGAACUAAAUCUCAUUUUGGUCUAGAAAUGGCAAGACCUUUAUAUGAGGAAUGUAUUACAACUAUUCCCCGUGAUAAAGCAACAGAAUAUGUUAUGUCUUUUGCUAAUUUAGAGGUUGCAUUGGGUGAAGUAGUUCGUGCUAGGGAAGUUCUACGCUAUGGUGCUAAUUUGCUGCCUCCAUUAAGAAAUGAACCCCUAUGGAAGUAUUGGGAGGAAUUUGAGAUCACGAAUGGUGAUAAAGAAAAAUAUAAAGAUAUGCUAAAAUUCAAAAAAAAACUCGAUGAAGAGAUGAAGGUUAAUACAGAACAAGUCAGUCAAGAAAGUGGAAAUAUUGAGUUCGUAGCAUCAAAGACAACUACUCAUGUUAGUCAACUAAGUAAUAAUGCUCCAAACCCGGAAGAGAUCAAUCUUGACCUAUAA